UCUCUCUCUGCUUCCACAGCACAUUCCCACUGUAUCUCUCUGCUUCCUUCUUCUUCUUCUUCUUCUUCUUCUUCUCCUCCUCCUCCUUCCUUCCUCUUCUCCUCUGAGUGAAGAAGAAGCCAUUAACAAAAAAUACACACCAAAUCAAAGCUUCGGAGUGCUUUCCAAGCAAACCACCCCAAACCCUUAAUUCUCAACUCCCAUUUCUUCAUUUCUUCAUUUUUUCAUUUCUUCUUCUUCAUCUUCCUUCCUCUCUUUCUUCUCCAAUGGACAGAACCACUCCUGUUCGGAAACCUCAUACCUCCACUGCUGAUCUCCUCACCUGGCCUGAACUUCCUCCCGCUGAUUCCCCUGCUCUUCCCUCUUCUGCUUCUCGCUCAGCUCCCCGCUCUCAUCAGCCCUCCGAUGGGAUUAGUAAGGUCGUCUUUGGAGGCCAGGUUACGGAUGAAGAGGUCGAGAGCUUGAACAAAAGGAAGCCCUGUUCUGGAUAUAAAAUGAAGGAGAUGACUGGGAGUGGAAUUUUUGUUGGUAAUGAAGGAGAUGAAGAACUAGAAUCUGGAAGCGCCAACCCUUCACAGAAUAAAACAGGAAUACGUAUGUACCAGCAAACAUUGGCUGGAAUUAGUCAUAUUUCAUUUGGUGAAGAAGGUAGUGUUUCUCCUAAAAAGCCUACUACGGUACCUGAGGUUGCGAAGCAGCGUGAGUUGAGUGGGAACUUAGAAAGUGAUGCCGAUGCAAAGUUGAAGAAGCAGCUCUCUGAUGCCAAAUGCAAGGAGCUUAGUGGACAUGACAUAUUUGCUCCUCCUCCUGAGAUUUUGCCUCGACCAACAACAGCUCGCACUUUGGAUCUAAAAGGAAGCAUAGAGAUUGGGGAGCCUGACAGUAGAGGCAUAAUCCCCGGAGAAGAACCUUCAGUAAAGACAGCAAAGAAGAUUUACGACAAGAAGUUUUCAGAAUUAUCAGGAAAUGACAUCUUCAAAGGUGACGUUCCUCCAUCGUCUACAGAGAAACCAUUGAGUGUUGCAAAGUUGCGAGAGAUGAGUGGCAACGACAUAUUUGCAGACGGAAAGGUAGAGACCCGAGACUACUUAGGCGGGGUACGCAAACCACCAGGUGGUGAGAGCAGCAUUGCCUUGGUUUAAAUCAUCUAGGUUUCUAACAAAACUCAAUACUUUCACUUGGUGGGGUGGUGGGGGGUGGAUGAUAUGCAUAUGGUGUUAUUGGGAAUUGUCAUCUGGUUUGGGUAAAAUUAUGUUGUUAGGUUUUAACUUUUGGUUAGUCAACAACUAUGGAAGUCUCUGCUAAUUGGGUUGUGUUCCAUAAUGUUUUCUUUUGUACUUGGUUGUGUUGUGUGUCUUGUGUCUAGUAGUUCAGUUUUUUUUUUUUUUUUGGUUGUCUUCUGGCUAUUUUACUUCCAUUACUUGGGGUUUUCAUUUUUAUUUAUCAUUAUUAUAUUGAUUAAUUGAUUUGGCUAUGAUGCUGAAAAGAUCAAACUAUAAUUCUCAUUUCCAUUCUUAACAA